GGUUCUGCGCUUUUCCCUUCUGGGCCAUCGCAUUACCUCAUGCAAGCUCCGACCUCAACUGGACAGCUUGUAACUCCAACACCGUUGGCCUCACCAAAUUAUUACUCUGCAUUAUAGCCAUGCUCUAUAGCAGAAUUGACCUUUCCGGCACAUAGCAGCUGCCAAUGAUGCGUCAAUCGAUAGUCUGGGUCCUCCUGCUCUGGCAGGUAACCACAGGACUCGGCACAAAUGUCAAACAUUAUGACGAUACAUAUAAGGAUAGGAAUCUUGAAGGAGCUGGACAGAACCAACAUAUCGCUUCUCCCAAGACCGACGUUGUUGUUGAUCAAAGUCAGCCUGCUGGCCCGCAACCUGGCGCCGAACUGGUCGAUGCAGCAAGAAUAGAACUUACAAAAGCCCCUCAGCCUUUACAUCGCCGAAAGCGAAGACCUUCGGGACUCGUCGGCACUGCUUUGCGUUACAUACUUAAAGCCGUUCCAUCUGGUCCGGCAACAGCCCCAUCGCAAUCCCAAGAGACCACUGUCAACGGCGCUGUCGCAAAAGCGGUCGAAUUUCUCGAACAAGCCGCACAACAAAACAAUUCCGAUGCUCUCUACCUACUUGCCGAGAUAAACUUCUUCGGCAAUUAUAGUUACCCAAGGAACUUGGAGGUGGCCUUCAACAACUACCAUCAACUCGCAACUGUCUAUGGAAACUCAACAGCCCAGUAUAUGCUGGGAGUCUACUAUUCGACUGGGAUCGGUAAUGUUGUAGAGCGUGACCAAGCCAAGGCGCUUCUCUACUAUACCUUUGCUGCUAUUCGUGGAAAUGCUCGCGCGGAGAUGGCAACGGCCUUUCGGCAUCACGCUGGUAUUGGCACGACGAAGAAUUGCGAGGCAGCAGUGAAAUAUUACAAGCGCGUCGCAGACAAAGCUAUAGCUUGGUACCGAGCGGGCCCACCAGGUGGUCGAUCUUGGAUCCAUCAGUCAUGGCGAAUUUCUGACGACGACGGAGGUAUCUACGGAGAAGGGGCGAGCGCUUCAAGCUCAGGCAUGAACGCAUUCAAGGCCAGCCCUGGCUCUGAUGCAAAUGCCGCCAUAGACGAUGUGAUUGAGUACUUGGAUCUUAUGUCUCAAAAGGGCGAUUCCAAGGCUUCAUAUAACCUCGGCCGCAUAUACUAUGACGGCCAACGAGGCCUGGAACGAGAUGUUGACCUGGCACGUAAGUAUUUUGUUCUGGUCGCAUUACGUUACUGGAAGAAGGACGGUCGCCUAAGCGAGAACCCGAAGCCUGGAAUCGAAAAGAUUGCCAGUAAGGCUGCUGGGUAUUUGGGUCGGAUGUAUUUGAGAGGUGACGGUGUUCCUCAGAACUUUGAGCGGGCCAAGGUGUGGUUCGAGCGUGGUAUUACACAACACGAUGCUCAGUCACAACAUGGUCUUGGCCUAAUGAUGCUUCAUGGCUACGGCCAAAAAGAAAAUGUGAAGAGGGCUAUGGAGCUCUUCAAGUCCUCGGCCGAUCAGGAUUAUGCCCCAGCUUUGGUGCAGAUGGGUCAGCUUUACCUAGACCAGGGUGGCCAGGAAGAUGUCAGGAUUGCCAACAACUAUUUUGAACUCGCCGGUAGGCACGGCAACAUUGAAGCCCACUACUAUAUUGCAGAGAUGAUUCAUCAUGGUGUCGGACGAGAGAAGCAUUGUCCUGCAUCCUUGACGUAUUACAAGAGCGUUGCCGAGAAGGCAGAGCCCCUGGUGUCAUCAUGGGGCGACGCCAACGACGCUUACGAGGCAGGUGAUUACGAGCUUGCAUUCCUCGAAUAUCUUCUGGCCGCCGAACAAGGCUACGAGAAGGCCCAGACCAAUGUUGCCUACAUGAUAGAUUCUGCUCAAAAUGGGGUUUCUAUUUCGUCAUUACUUGGACAGCCCCGAGAGAAGAGUGGUCUUCUCGAGAACCCAUCUCUUGCUCUUGUUUACUGGACGCGAUCUUCCAGACAGUCUAACGUUGACGCACUGGUCAAGAUGGGUGAUUAUUAUUACCAUGGUAUUGGUACUGAAGAAGAUAUCACAAAGGCUGUUCAGUGCUAUACCGGGGCCUCCGACUACUCUCAGAGCGCACAAGCACUGUUCAACCUCGGUUGGAUGCAUGAAAACGGCAUUGGUCUGGUACAAGACUUCCAUCUGGCAAAGAGAUAUUACGAUCAUGCCCUGGAGGUAAACGACGAGGCAUAUCUACCAGUAACUUUGAGUCUCCUGAAGCUUCGCCUUCGAAGCGCUUGGAACACACUGACCCAUGGACCAAUUCACUCGAUCCAGGAUGAGCCCAAACCUAAGAAGGAUCGCUCAUUCUCCGAGUGGAUCGCCAACUUCCUGCGAGAAGAUAACCAAUACUACGAGGAGGAGCAUUACACUGGAGGUGAUUUAUACGACGGUGCUCUCGGUGACGGACAGGGAACAGAUGACGACGAUGGUGUACUAGAAAGCAUCCUGAUCAUUGGAGUCACCUUUUCACUUGUCUUCUUAUUAUGGUGGAGACAGCGGCUGCAACAGGCGCAUCAACAAGCAGAAGACGCUCGAAGAAGAGAGCAAGGCCUCCCGCCGAACCCUCGCCUCGAUGGUCCAGGUCCCGGCUUUGCUGGCUGGGGAGCCGCUGGAGGCGUAGUUUUGUAGAAUCUCGGAAGUAGCGUGGUUGUUUAUGUUGUUAAUAGCAUUAGAGCGAUGGCGUCUUUGGAUUGGUUGUCAGAAUAUGAUAAACUUAUAGUUGUAAGCUUUGCGUGCAUAAGUGUAACGGUUACUGACAUGAAAGUGAAGUUUUCUGAGUUGCGCACGACUCGAGGAGUUGGCGUGCAUGAUG